AUGACCGUGAGGUACCGCGGCACUUACACCAUAAAGCCCGAAACGGCAACGUGGACCGGCCACUUACCGCUCUCAGAACUGGAUCAGAUGGGUAUUAUCACUCAUGUGCCCACCAUUUACUUCUACAAGCCGCCCCGUGAAUGGCUCCAUCCGGCCGACGCCAUCUUCGACACACUCCGGGGUUCACUGAGCCGCACGCUGGUCCCAUUCUAUCCACUCGCAGGCAGGCUCAGGUGGCUUGAAGGGGGACGGCUCCGACUUGAGUGCAACGCCAUGGGUGUCUGUUUCAUCGAGGCCGAAUCCGAAGGUGAGCUCAAUGACUUGGGCGAUUUCUCUCCACGUCCGGAGUUUGAGCAGCUCGUGCCGAGUGUGGACUACACGAAGCCGAUCCAUGAGCUGCCGCUGUUGCUGGUUCAAGUCACCAAGUUCAAGUGUGGUGGGCUCACCCUGAGCUUCUCCAUGUCUCAUGCGGUUGCCGAUGGGCCAAGCGCUCUCCAUUUCAUGACCGAGUGGGCGCGGCUCGCUCGCGGCGAGCGACUGAGCGUUGAGCCAUAUUAUGAUAGAAAGGUUUUAUGGGUGGGCGACGAUCCAUCUAGCACGCCACCGCCGCGGCCACGGCACUUGGAACACUCCGAGUUCAACCCCCCACCGCUGCUGAUCGGCCACACUAACAACCUAGAAGAGCGUAAGAAGAAGACCACCGUGGCCAUGCUAAAGCUGACAAGGACCCAAGUUGAAACCCUAAAGAACGCAGCGAACAAGGAACGAGCCGGCCCGCAUCGCCCGUACACCCGAUACGAGACGGUGGCUGCACAUAUAUGGCGGUGUGCGUGCAAGGCGCGGAAACACAAGCCUGAGCAGCCGACUGCUGUGGGCAUCUGUGUCGACUCCCGCCACCGCCUGCAUCCGCCACUGAAGCUUGGAUACUUCGGCAACGCAACCCUGGACGUGGUCGCUGCUGGCAUGUCCGGUGAGCUGGUGUCGAGUCCGCUCGGGUGCACCUCGAGCAAGAUUCGAGAGGCCAUCGAGAGGGUGACCCAUGACUACGUGAGGUCGGCCAUCGAUCACAUCCGGAGACAACCGGACCUGACCUUGUUUCAGGAUGUGCAUGCCCUAGGAAGCACCCGAGGGCCUUUCUAUGGAAACCCUAAUCUUGGGGUGGUGAGCUGGUUGACAUUGCCGAUAUACGGCCAUGACUUCGGCUGGGGGAGAGAGGUCCACAUGGGGCCGGGGAACCACGACUUCGACGGCGAUUCUCUGGUUCUUCCGAGUCUUGAGGAAGAAGGUGGCUUGGUGGUGGCCUUGUGCUUGCAAAUCGCGCACAUGGAAGACUUCAAGAAGUUCUUCUAUGAGGAUAUCGUUGAAUAA